CAUACUGUGCAACUGAGUGAGUGCUCUUUCUCCCUUAGAUCUGAUGCUCCAUCACUAGCCCACUUCCCCACUUUUUCUUUUCUCCAUAAAAAGAGAAGAGAGAGAAAAAACGAAACCUGUACCAGCUACAUUUCCAUUUCUGUUUAACAAUGGGAGAGGAAGAGAAGAAGGUAGAAGAAGUGAAGAAAGAGGAGGCACCGAAAGAUGAAAAGCCAAGCGACGGCGGUGGUGGUGAAGAGAAGAAAGAGGAAAAAAAGGCGGAGGAAGAAUCAAAAGAGGCGAAACCAGAAUCUCCACCUCCACCGCCGGAAAUUGUUUUGAGAGUUUUCAUGCAUUGUGAAGGUUGUGCUCGUAAAGUCCGCAAAUCGCUCAAAGGAUUCCAAGGAGUUGAAGAUGUGUUGACGGAUUGCAAAACUCAUAAGGUUGUAGUGAAAGGGGAAAAAGCAGACCCGUUGAAGGUAUUGGAGAGAAUACAGAAAAAGAGUCAUCGUCAAGUUGAGCUUCUCUCUCCAAUCCCAAAACCACCGGCGGCGGCGGCGGCCGAAGAGCCCAAGAAACCGGAGGAAAAAGAAGCCGUUAAAGCCGAAGAGAAAAAAGAGGAGCCUCAGGUGAUUACAGUAGUUCUGAAAGUUCACAUGCAUUGUGAGGCUUGUGCACAAGAAAUCAAAAGACGUAUACAGAAAAUGAAAGGUGUGGAGAAUGCAGAACCGGACUUGAAAAACUCACAAGUGACAGUGAAAGGUGUGUUUGAGGCAACAAAACUGGUGGAAUAUGUAAGCAAAAGGACUGGAAAACGGGCAGUUAUUGUGAAAGUAGAACCUGAACAGAAAGCGAAGGAGGAGGCUAAGCCCAAAGAAGAUCAAAAGGAAGAGAAGAAAACCGAAGCGAAGAAAGUUGAAGAAGGUGACAACAAAGAGGAGAAGAAGGAAGAAGCAGCCGCACCAGCUAAGGAAGAAGCCGUAGUAGCAGCUAAGGAAGAAGCUGUACAAAACGACGUCGAUCCAACAGUAGAUGUGAAGAAGAAUGAGUUUUACUACUAUCACCAUCCUCAGAAUCAUCAGCUGUACAAUAAUCCACAGAGGCUUGCACAUGAAAUGUUUGCGUACCCUCCACCUCCGCAGAUUUUCAGCGAUGAAAAUCCGAAUGCAUGUUCCGUGAUGUAAAUUUGGAGGGACGUGAGGGGUAAAAAGGAAAAUGUACGUCCAACCCCCCUCUUGUGCUGCGUGGUUCUCUUCAUGUGAGGCUUUGUCUUGGGACUCGCUAAGUUACAAGUGAUCUGCUAGACAAAUACUGUAGAAUUUUGUGGGCCCUUUGUACUUUUUUUAUUUGUUUUGGUUUUCUUUAUGUUGUUAUAUACUCCCUAUAUGUAUGAUACAAUAAACAGUACUAUAUGAAAAUUUUAAAUAUCGUACUUGGAA